GCCCCUCCCAUCCCCGUUCCAUUCUCCCGUCAUGGCGCUGGUCUCGGCCGAUUCCCGCAUCGCGGAGCUGCUGGGGGAGCUGCACCAGCUCAUUAAACAGACGCAGGAGGAACGCUCCCGCAGCGAGCACAACCUGGUGAACAUCCAGAAAACUCACGAGCGGAUGCAGACAGAGAACAAAAUUUCCCCCUAUUACCGCACCAAGCUCCGAGGGCUCUACACCACAGCCAAGGCAGAUGCUGAGGCCGAGUGCAACGUUCUCCGGAGAGCUCUGGAUAAAAUCGCCGAGAUCAAAUCCCUGCUCGAGGAGCGCCGCAUUGCGGCAAAAAUCGCCGGGAUUUACAGCGAGGCGGAGCCGCCAAGGAAGACGAUGAGGAGGGGGGUGCUGAUGACGCUGCUGCAGCAGUCGGCCAUGACGCUGCCACUGUGGAUCGGGAAACCCGGAGAAAAACCCCCUCCCCUGUGCGGGGCGGUCCCGGCCGCCGGGGAUUACGUGGCCAAGCCUGGGGACAAAGUGGCCGCCAGGGUGAAGGCGCUGGAGGGGGACGAGCAGUGGAUCCUGGCCGAGGUCGUCAGCUACAGCCACGCUGCCAACAAGUACGAAGUCGAUGACAUCGAUGAGGAAGGCAAAGAGCGCCACACCCUGAGCCGCCGCCGCAUCAUCCCCCUGCCCCAAUGGAAAACCAACCCCGAGACGGAUCCUGAGGCUCUGUUCCACAAGGAUCAGCUGGUGCUGGCCCUGUACCCCCAAACCACCUGCUUCUACCGGGCCCUGAUCCACGCCCCGCCCCAGCGCCCCCAGGAUGAUUAUUCGGUGCUUUUCGAGGACACCUCCUACGCCGACGGUUACUCCCCACCCCUGAACGUGGCCCAGCGCUACGUGGUGGCCUGCAAAGAGACCAAAAAAAAGUGAAAUUUGGGGAAAAACGACCCAAAAUUUGGGAAAAAACGACCCAAAAUUCAGAAAGAGUGGCCUGGAAAUAGGGGGGGAGGGGAAAAUGGGAUUUUUGGGGGGGAAAAAUGGGAUUUAAUGGGGGAGAAUUGAAAAAAAAAUGAUUUUUUUAAUGAGGGAAAAUGGGGGUUUUGUGGGGAAAAACUGGGAUUUUUUUAGGGCAAUAAAUGGGAUUUUUAGUGGGGAAAUUGGGAUUUUUAUGGGGGGAAAUUUGGGAUUUUUUUGGGGAAAAAAUAAAGAUUUUAUCCUGGAAUAUUGGGAUUUUUGGGGGGGAAAAAUGGAAAUUUUUGAGGAAAAAUUUGAGAU